AGCUUCACAUAUGUUUUAUUGUCCAUGCCAACGUCAUGGAAAUAGUUACUUUGUUACAGAACGUAUAGGAAUAACAUCCAAUAAGUAGCUUAUGCUUUGCAUUAGUCGCAGACCGUAAUCAUUUGCUAAUAAUGCUUAAUCUUUUUUUUAUUAAAGGAAACUGAUCAAGAUACACAAGAACCUGUUUAGCGGGGGAAAUGGAGCAAGUCCAAGGAAUGUCGAUCAAGACCAGAAUGCACUAGUCUGGGAUAUCAUUACUCAUCUCUCUCGGCUCUGAAUGCUUUCUUCCACCCGGGCCACUUUGUCUUUGUGCUGGAAACAAAAUAUUUUGAUAAUGUUUGAUCAUGUCGGUGGGAUGUACAGCAAGUCUGUGUUCGAGGACCGUAUCACGCAAGGAUAACAAUCAAACGAUUAUUCAGGAUUACAACGAAUUAACGCAUGUUUGCAAUUGUUUCUUGGUGAAAACAAGUUUUCGUAUGAACCGGUGUGUCAAUGCUUGUGUGAUGCAUGGACUGAGGAGUUACAAGUUGCGAUAGCCCACAAGUUCGAUUGCGGUUUCAAGUAUCGAAGGUAAAGCUUGGAUAUCCUCAAUAGAAACAAAGAAAACGUUUAGGCUAAUGACACAUAAGGCAAUCAAUAGGAAUAUGGUACUGAUGUAGUGGGCAGUGGUUGCAUGGCAUGUGGUAUUUCAGCAAUUUAUCCAGUUUGCAAUUGAUAUUUGCAGUAAGAAUACCAAAGGAAAUAGCCCAUAUUCUCUAUUAAUUGUAUGUGUUCAGGCAUGGAGUCUCACAACCACUGAAAACCAUUUGCAAUUCGAUGUUACUGCUUUUGUAUGAAGUCCAUAGGCCUACUAAAAAGAUGGACAAGAUUCUUGGCACAGUAUAGAAAACAACCCAGGACUCUUGUGUAAUCGAGUCAGAGAUAUACCCAGCUUGAUACUGCACUAGAGAGUAAAACUAGAUAUAGCACUAAGGUUAUUAUCAUGUUAUAGUGCAUGAGCACAUAUCAGUAUUUGUGCCAUUUGACACUUGUUGUGGCAUUCCAGCAAAAGACCAUAACAUUUACAUAACUCUUUCGCACCUUCUCUUAUUGAUUCAAACAAGUGUUGGGUGACUAAAGUUGAGAUGAGCUGAAGUAGUAGGGCUAUAGUUCAACAAUUUAGAGAUCACCUAUUUGUACAACAUGUGUUAAAACGUUGUGCUCAAGGGUAGCUGCAUCACAAUGAUUUUAGGCAGCGUGUGCGUAUGAUAUUCAUCAGAGAGUCAAAAUGUCGAUGAAAGGCAAGGCACUCUACACUUUCCAAAGUGAAAACAAAGAGGAGAUCAGCAUACAGGAGAAUGAGGAACUGGUUAUCUUUGACGAUAACUCUGUAGAUGGCUGGUUACAAGGGGAGAACAGUAAAGGACAGAGAGGUCUCUUCCCGGCCUCUUACGUGGAAGUAAUCCGCCCUCGUUCCAACUCCAACCUGACAGACUGCUCCAUAAGCCCAGUGGGUUCUCCGGGCAAUGACUCCUCGUAUUUCCCCUCCGCCCCAAACACACCCUUUCACAUGCAACAGGGUUACUAUGACGAUGACGAUGAUGACUGGGAUGAUUGGGAUGACAGUUCCACAGUGGUGGACGAUGAUGGCCGCAGUGGUGCAAAUGGACAUUCCCAUCAGAGCCCCCACUCCAACAACCCCAAUGUCCACUAUCGCGCCAAACCAUACAUGGAGAGGCAGGACAGCAUCUCCAGCUCGCGGAAGGGCAGUAUGGUGGGCAGGAACUUGAACCGAUUCUCCAGCUUUGUCCGCUCAGGGGUGGAAGCGUUUGUGUUGGGCGAUGUGCCCAUGAAUGCUAAGAUAGCGGAGUCGUACACCAUUGAGAUGGGCCCCAAAGGGCCUCAAUGGAAAGAAAGCCCCACACCUUUCUCUUGCUCCAUCGAGGACCCUACCAAGCAGACCAAGUUCAAAGGCAUCAAGACCUACAUAUCGUACCGAGUGACCCCAAGCCACAAUGCGAGGCCUGUGUACCGGCGUUACAAGCACUUUGACUGGUUGUACAACCGUCUACUGCACAAGUUCACAGUCAUCUCUGUGCCCCACCUGCCCGAGAAACAGGCAACGGGGCGCUUCGAAGAGGACUUCAUCGAGAAGCGCAAGAGGCGGCUGAUCCUCUGGAUGGACCACAUGACCAGCCACCCGGUCCUGUCGCAGUACGAGGGCUUUGAGCACUUCCUCAUGUGCGCUGACGACAAGCAGUGGAAGCUGGGCAAGCGGCGGGCAGAGAAGGACGAAAUGAUGGGCGCCAACUUCAUGCUCACCUUCCAGAUCCCAAACGAGCACCAGGACCUGCAGGAUGUGGAGGAACGUGUGGACUCCUUCAAGUCCUUCGGCAAGAAAAUGGAUGACAGCGUCAUGCAGCUUACACAUGUGGCCUCGGAACUGGUGCGGAAGCACCUCGGAGGCUUCCGCAAGGAAUUUCAGCGGCUGGGGAACGCUUUCCAGAACGUCAGUCAGGCGUUCAUGCUGGACCCUCCCCACUGCUCAGACACCCUCAACACCGCCAUCUCCCACACGGGACGCACUUACGAGAACAUCGGGGAAAUGUUUGCGGAGCAACCUAAGUAUGACCUCUUCCACAUGCUGGACAAACUGUCACUCUACCAGGGCCUACUCGCCAACUUCCCCGACAUUAUACAUCUACAGAAAGGUAAUGUACACUCCCCUUAUCAUGUGCCAAUUAGUGUUAGACCUAGAGUAUAAUAGCUUGUCCUAGAGAUGAAUAUUCAACUCAUUGCAUUGCCUCACAUGGAAACAAAGCCUCAGUGUCACUCUUGUGAUAAAAACUGUUAUAGCUAAGUUCGGCCCAUAUUGAUAUGUUAUAAGUGAUCAUGCAUUACCACAACAGCUGGCAAAUCAAUAGGGCAACUCUUAAAAAGGACUGGCGGAUAGUGGUCCAGAAUCCUACAAACUAAUUAUUUCCAGGGGCCAUACAACACAUCUGUUGUUAAUCACAUUGUUAGGAGGAAAAAUUGAAAAGUGGAACAAAUUUAACACAGCAGUUGGAAUCAUUCAAUGUUCAUUGUUAAGAUUUGAUUCCAAAUGUACAGUGGUGACGUCCUAGGUUCAUUACUGGAUGACAUUUCGGGUGAGAAGUUUUUGCCUGCAGGGGCACAGGAAGAAUCAGCCAUCUUCUUACUCAGAAAUCAAGUGUUCCUUGAUUGAUGGACGCUGACAGUUCUAUCAAACAUGUCUUUGAGCUCUACUCGAACGGUCUCUCUUAAAACUGACCAGUUCUACUGCUCUGUCACUAUGCUAAAUGGAAUGAUAAUCGAAGUACCCCCCAAGCCAUUCCUUAGCUGCAUGUAGAGGAACUUUCAACACUGUGUACAGUCUGGUACCAGAGUACUCAAUCACACUGUACAUUUUAAAGUCUACUGGGUUUUUAAAUAAUUGUGUAACAUCCGCUGCUUCCUCUCGUGCGGGGAAGGAUGGAAGAAAGUUCCAUCACAUCAAUAGAGGAACAGCUAACUUGUAAACAUUUCAUCUUUGAUAGUACACAUCCACUACCACCAGAUACACCAUUUUCUAAGAUAAAAGUGCUUUGAAGUUCCCUGCAAUGUAGGGCUGGGCGAUAUUUAAAAAAUGUUUGUCGGUAUGACGAUAUUUGAUGGUAUUAUGUUUUGGAAUAAUACAAGUUCUACAUUUGCUUUAUGAGUUGUGUAUGACCCUAGGGUGGCAACACAUACAUUCUAACUGAUUUCAAUGGGUAUUUCUCCAUUCUGAUUGUUUUAUACUGUUCAAUCAAACUUCAACCAAAAGUUGAUAUAAUUUAGAUCAUUUCCACACGGCCACGUAGGGCUGCACGAUAUGGGCAAAAAUCGAGGCCUUAUUUUUAACCAAAUAUUGCAAUUGCGAUUUGACUUGUGAUUUAGAUCAAAACACUUGGGUGACACUUGUUGGAAUCAUGGAAAUAUAAUGAUUAUUCCAAUUCUAUAGUUAGAAUGUAAUAGUGGUCACUUUAAAUACAGUGUUGUUUAACAAAUGAAAAAGCCAGGGAGCGUUCAAAGAAUUAGGAAUUACAAUACUAAUAGGAUCUCUAUGCAGGUGUUAUUGUGACAGGGUAGGAACCAAAGUGUUGGUCAGUGUUUCCCAGGGGAGUGGGACCCUAUAAUCUUUGGCUACAUUAAAUGUUUUUUUCUCUUACUUCAUGUAGCUAACAUUCAUGCUCUCUGAUUUAGAAGAUACUGUUGCACAAACAAUUUAGGCCUACUCCAGCACUGGUAUCAGGCUGUAUUAGCUAGCUACGUUUGCGCUCAGUAAAUCAGGGAUAUUCAACUAUAUUCUUAUGGGGGCCAGAUUUGAAAAAGGUUAUUUACAGGGGGGCCAGACAUUUUAUACAUGGGAUUACUUUUCCUAAGACCAGUAUAAAAAAACAAUGCACAAACAUAAUUAUAAUCUUAUAAAGCACUUUUAUUUAAAUUAAAUGUUGCUAAAAGUUCAUUUUAAGUGCUUAGCCUAAUUCAGUGUAUCAAAUUGUUUAAAUAAUGGAACACAUUUGUACUUAUAACACAGUUGACCUCCAUCACAUUAAUACAUUUCUACUUUCCUGUCCGUUUUACAUACAUAGCUUCAUCUUUUGCUUUAUUUACACAUUGGAAACCUUUUAUGCAUGGCGUAUCUCAGCUGACCAGCAUCACAUUCUGUUCUAUUUUCUAUUUCUUUAUUAUUUCAUUAUUUUCUCUGUCUUGUUGUGUUGUUUUUUUUACACAUAGAAACCUUUUUAUGCAUGGAAUAUCUCAGUUGACUAGCUUUUGUGGAGAAGUCACUCUCCCCCCGCACCUCUGUGGGGACUUAAACUCACCAGAUCUUGUUGCAAAGUUAGCUUUCAGUUUAUCUAAAAACUCUUGACGUCACGGGAGUGAUCUGUACUGAUGAUGACUGAAUAUAGUUGAGCAUUUGUUUGGGCUCAAAUCAGAGGAGAUAAUAACACAUUUAUUUUGAAAGGAAGUCCAUUUGUCAAUCAUGUCAAUAACUGUUUUAUCCCUUCCCUGUAGUCCCAAAGUAAGUCCAUUCAAUUGAUCACUAAAAAACAAGCAUUUUCGCAAGAUGUGUUGGCUUUCUUAUAGUGGCAUUCGCGGAGAAAAGCAACUAUCUCCUCCCUAAGCUCACAUAGGCUGCUCUCUUGACAGCAUUAUUAACCUUGCUUAGCCACCUAACAUCAUGAUGUAAAAGUAGAUAAUGAUGCUCAACAGACUACAGAACAAGCUAUGUUGCAGGCUAGAUGUUAAUCGGAUAAAGUUUGAUAGCCAUAACUGAGUCCAUGGUGUUUUUUAACUCACCGUUGAGUUAAGUGCAAAGCACGCUCUGGUGUGUCAGGCAGUGUAGGGAUCUCAUCUGCGGUGAAAUAACCGAUAGGCUGGCAGACAGACCCUGUACCCCUGUUAGCAGCUCUGAUUGGCUGUAACUGUUAUGUUGGAUGAUAUUGAUUGACAGCACUUCAUGGGCUGGACUACAGGAAAACAGAUUCUCCCAUUGAAGAAUGUUAAACAAGGAGGGGGAUUUUUUUUGCAGAUUUUUAAAAUGAAUGUUCAGAAUUGAUCAAAGGGCCAUUCUAAAUUGAAAACGGGCCUGAUCUGACCUGCGGGCCGCCAGUUGAAUAGCCCUGACGUACAUUUAUUAGCUAGCCAGCUAACUAGCGAUUAGCAUUAGCGGCGAACACGAUUUAUUUUGGCCACAACUUGCUAAGAAAAGACAAACUAGCUGUUUGCUGACAGUAAGAUACAUAAACUAGUAGUGUAAUUAUAGAACGCUUGUGGAUUUAUGUUAAGAAGCAGAGUGGAAAGCAGCAUCAUUGUCAUCAACAUAUUGUUGCAUCUGCUGCAUUGACCAUGCAGACUGAAGAGUGAAUGGUUGACAAGUGAUCUCAUGGUUGAGCAACAACAACUCCGCUCCUAAAGUGACAGGGGGUGGGGCUUGGUGAGAGAGAAGGAGAGAGAUGAUUCAAGUAGCGUAGUAAACUAUAAAAAUGGACUGGCGUAUCACAUUUAAUAGUGAUGGGGGAAAUAAAUCGAUACAGUUACAUACCGGAUAUUAUUUUUGACUAUAUAUCGUAUCGACAAUAUCGCAAUAUUAUUUUUGCGCUAGUUGACUGUACCUGCAAAACUCCAGCAUUUUUCCUUCAUAGCUUGUUCUCCAUUUUUUUAAAUAGGGAGCCAAUUCAGCACUUUUAUUUCCAUGACUGAUCAAAACUUGCUUUCUCAUGACUCUCUCUUGUCCCUCUGCAGCAGAAAAAUGGUAAGCAAUAUAUCACAGUAUCGAAUCGCAAUUCGGAAAGUAUUCAGACCCCUUGACUUUUUACACAUUUUGUUACGUUAAAGCUUAUUCUAAAAUUGAUUGAAUAGUUUUUUACCCCCUCAUCAAUCUACACACAAUACCCCAUAAUGACAAAGAAAAAACAGGUUUUUAGAAAUGUGUGCAAAUUUAUACAAAUAAAAACAGAAAUAUCACAAUUACAUAAGUAUUCAGACCCUUUACUCAGUACUUUGUUGAAGCACCUUUGGCAGCGAUUACAGGCUCGAAUCUUCUUGGGUAUGACGCAAAACACCAGUCUCAACGUCAACAGUGAAGAGGCAACUCCGGGAUUCUGACCUAGGCAAAGUUGCAAAGAAAGUGUUCUUUUGCCCAUCUUUAAUUUUUAUUGGCCAGUCUGAAAUAUGGCUUUUUCUUUGCAGCUCUGCCUAGAAGGUCAGCAUCCUGGAGUCGCCUCUUCACUGUUGACGUUGAGACUGGUGUUUUGCGGGUACUAUUUAAUGAAGCUGCCAGUUGAGGACCUGUGAGGCGUCUGUUUCUCAAACUAGACACUCAAAUGUAUUUGUCCUCUUGCUCAGUUGCGUACCGGGGCCUCCCACUCCUCUUUCUAUUCUGUUUAGAGCCAGUUUGCGCUGUCUGUGAAGGGAGUAGUACACAGCGUUGUACGAGAUCUUCAGUUUUUUGGCAAUUUCUCGCAUGGAACAGCCUUCAUUUCUCAGUACAAGAAUAGGCUGACGAGUUUCAGAAGAAAGUUAUUUGUUUCUGGCCAUUUUAUCCUGUAAUCAAACCCACAAUCGCUGAUGCUCCAGAUACUCAACUAGUCUCAAGAAGGCCAGUUUUAUUGCUUCUUUCAUCAGCACAACCGUUUUCAGCUGUGCUAACAUAAUUGCAAAAGGGUUUUCUAAUGAUCAAUUAGCCUUUUAAAAUGAUAAACUUGGAUUAGCAAACACAACGUGCCAUUGGAACACAGGACUGAUUGUUGCUGAUAAUGGGCCUCUGUACGCCUAUGUAGAUAUUCCAUUAAAGAUCAGCCAUUUCCAGCUACAAUAGCCAUUUACAACAUUAACAAUGUCUACACUGUAUUUCUGAUCAAUUUUAUGUUAUUUUAAUGGACAAAAAAAUAGCUUUCUUUCGAAAACAAGGACAUUUCAAAGUGACCCCAAACUUUUGAAUGGUAGUGUAUGUAAAUAAGGUAUUUCUGUUUUUUUACUUUUAAUACACUUGCAAAAUUUUAUAAAAACUAGUUUUUGCUUUGUCAUUAUGGGGUAUUGUGUGUAUAUUGAUGAGGGACAUUUUUUAUUUAAUCCAUGUUAGAAUAAGGCUGUAACGUAACAAAAUGUGGAAAAAGUGAAGGGGUCUGAAUACUUUCCGAAUGCACUGUAUAGAAUCGUGAGAAUUGCAAUACAUAUCGUAUCGGCACCUAAGUAUCGUGAUAUCAUUUUGUGAGUCCCUGCCAAUUUCCAUCACUAACAUUUAACAAACCAAACAUUGAAGUACCGUUAUAGAAGGUAAAGUAAAAACCCAAACCGGUCCGUGCAUCAAUACUGGUAUAUAGUAAAAUACAGUAUACCGCCCAUCCCUACAACAAUAUGUUUUGUCUUCAUUAAUUUGUUUUAUUUAAUUUACUUUCAAGUGCUACUUUUCUGCAGUGUGGGUUUCAUAUGAUGCAGUAUCGUUGGUUAUGUAGAACUUACAGGUAGCCUAACUGCCAGAAUUAAGGAAACACCAACAUAAAGUGUCUUAAUAGGGCGUUGGGCCACCACGAGCCGCGAGAAUGGCUUCAAUGCGCCUUGGCAUAGAUUCUACAAGUGUCUGGAACUCAAUUGGAGGGAUGUGACACCAUUCUUCCACAAGAAAUUCCAUAAUUUGGUGUUUUGUUGAUGGUCGUGGAAAACGCAGUUCCGGGCGCCGCUCCUGAAUCUCCCAUAAGUGUUCAAUUGGGUUGAAAUCUGGUUGCUUAUGUAGUUCAAGCUCCAGCAAGCUAGCUGUAUUGCAUGGAUUUAAUAGACAUUGCUAGCAGCCUAGCUCUGUAAGUCAAGGCAAAGGAAUGUAAUGGUCCAAGGCAGAGAAUAUAGCAGCCAGGAGCUGUAAUGACUAAGCAGAUUCAGCUGGCUGGCAAGCCAGGUCAUCACAGCUCCUGGCUGCUAGAGUCUCUGCCUGGUCUCAUAGCAGUUCAAGGGAUGCUACUAGCUUUAGAAUACAUUUCAAAUACAAAAGUAAGUAAAUUAGAUAUAUAUUAUCUAUGAAAUGAAUAAUGCCAUCACUAGAUGGGAAAAAUGUCUUGCUUCCAUGAUAUUUUUAUUCUGCUGAGUCCCAUUUGCACAUUGCACAUCAGCCCACAUAUAACCUACAUAAAUACAUUAAUGCAUUCAGUGGUGAAGUUUGCAUGUUAACAAAUCAGUUGGGUGGUCAACCACCUUGCACAAACUGACAACCUUGUAAUGACAGGGACAUGCUACAGUACAGGGCCGGCUCCAGGCAUAAGCGACAUAAUCGGUCUCUUGGGGCCCAAGGCCGCUAAGGGGCCCCUAACCCCCCAAUUAAUUUUUUUUGUAACUCAGUCCGUGUCUCAAUUUACUGUUGAGAGUUAGAAUAGUAGAAUACACAAGGUCAUCUCGCUUAGGGCCCCCAACCAAAUCUCACUAAGGGCCCCCAAAAGGCUAGAGCCAGCCCUGCUACAGUAUGUAUGGUACAGUGAGCUGUAAGAAAUACAGCGUUUAGUGUCAAUUCAAAAAGCUUCCAUCUGGGGUGAUAUUGGAUGUGCCUUGCCCCAUACAAUCCCAAGGAUCAUUAACCUCCAUUGGAUGCAUUGAAAAGGGUUGAUACGCCUAGAACAUGCUUAGGCAUAGCUGAUGCAUUUGCUAUGGCCUACAACUUUGACGUGUCUGUAUUUGUCAUCAGGGUGGUGCAGAAUUUGAGCAAGAUAGUCAAACGACCAGCAUACCAAGGCCAUGCUUCAGUUCCCAAACAACCCACAUCAGGUGAUGGAAGGGGGAGGGGCCUCCAGCACAGGAAUCAACAUUUAUCUUAGUUGUCCAUGGGAAAUAAGGGCGUUGGUGAAUGUUGCAAUCUUAAGCAAACAACUGCAAAGAGGUCAUUCGUAGCUUAAUAAUAGGGUCCAGCAAAUCACAGCUGCACCCUUAAUUGUACAUUAAUUGAAAGUCAUUUGAAAAUGUCAGAGAUAAUAGCAUGAUGUUAGAGACCAAUAGUCAUAUUGAUUCAACUGCAAAUAUUGGAAAUACAAAUAUAAGCCUACUCAUGAAAAAUGUGGCUGACCAUUGAAUGACGUUGGCCCAAUGACUGAGAUCUACAUGUAGUGAUAGCAUAGUCAAAAAGAAGAAUAUGUCACUGCACUGUACAGUACAUUUCAUAAUUCCACUUCCUCUCAGCUCAGUGUACUCUCAUUACCUGAAGGCAAGGCACAUGAACACAUCAUAUCUAAGAAUAUAUAUUGAGGGUUACGUCACAUUUUGGAUCAAUAACUAUAGCCAUAUUUUCUUGAACAACAUGGAGUGGCGAGUUUACUGUUGCAGACUUGACUAUCAGUUGAAGCUUCCCAGCAGUCUGAGGUCCUGAGUGCUCUGGAGCAGGUUUUCAUCAAGGAUCUCUCUGUACUUUGCUCCGUUCAUCUUUCCCUCGAUCCUAACUGGUCGCCCAGUCCCUGCCACUGAAAAACAUCCCCACAGCAUGAUGCUGCCACCACCAUGCUUCACCGUAGGGACGGUGCCAGGUUUCCUCCAGACGUGACGCUUGCCAUUCAGGCCAAAGAGUUCAAUCUUGGUUUCAUCAGACCAGAUAAUCUUGUUUCUCAUGGUCUGAGAGUCCUUUAGGUGCCUUUUGGCAAACUCCAAGCAGGCUGUCAUGUGCCUUUUACUGAGGAGUGGCUUCCGUCUGGCCACUUUACCAUAAAGGUCUGAUUGGUGGAGUGCUGCAGAGAUGGUUGUCCUUCUGGAAGGUUCUCCCAUCUCCACAGAGGAACUCUGGAGCUCUGUCAGUGACCAUCGGGUUCUUGGUCACCUCCUUGACCAAGGCCCUUCUCCCCCGAUUUCUCAGUUUGGCCGGGCGGCCAGCUCUAGGAAGAGUCUUGGUGGUUCCAAACUUCUUCCAUUUAAGAAUGAUGGAGGCCACUAUGUUCUUGGGGACCUUAAAUGCUGUAGACAUUUUUUGGUACCCUUCCCCAGAUCUGUGCCUCAACACAAUCAUGUCUCGGAGCUCUAAGGACAAUUCCUUCGACAAUCACAUUGUAGAAACAUCAAGGAUGAUCAAUGGAAACAGGAUGCACCUGAGCUCAAUUUCGAGUCUCAUAGCAAAGGGUCUGAAUACUUAUGUAAAUAAGGUAUUUCUGUGCCUUGCCAUACAAUGACUAUGCAAUAACGUCUCACAUGGAUGGAACCAGUGACCCCGAUCAGGGGUGUAGUGGAGGGUAAACACAUGUAAACGUUGUUUACACACUUUUUUAUUUGUGAAAUAGUGUUUACUCACCUUUUCAUUUAGUUAAUUAUCGUUUACCCACUUAUUAUUGCGUUCCCAGUGUUGAUCAAAGCUCAGAAUGAUAAUAUUCUUAUCUGAGUUCUAAUCACACCUGCCUCUCUGCGAAUGAGUGGAAUCAUGAUUCAGGUACGCAUUCAUUCACCACUCUUAUCCAAUGGCAAACUCCGCCCACGGCACAGGCUGAGACGUGAAAUGAACUACCUCAACCCAGACCAAGUGGCAAGUAGAGACACCACUGACAGUGGGCUUGCGAGAUGCUGGACAUAAGGCCAUUUUUAACCGUCCCUCGACUCUUGUCGUGUCAAAAGACAUCCCCCAAACAAACAAAAAACAGACUCUCUGAGAAUGAGUGUAAAACUGGUAAUAAGUCGCUGAUAUUUCAGUCAGGUGGCCAGCUAGCUAGCUCAAUCAAGGGCUCUGGCUACUGUUAGCCAGCUAGUUAGCUAGCUAACGUUAUAGCAAACUGUCUAGAAGGAUAAAGUUAGAAGCUAUUGUUAAACAAAGCCUGGCCUCAGCAGGAGCAGUUGACUGAAAUUAUUGAAAUAAAUAAAUUAGGCCCUAAUCUAUGGAUUUCACAUGACAUGGAUUUCACAUGACUGGGCGAGUGGUUUGCUGAUGUCUACAUUGUGAACAGAGUGCCGGGCAGACAUAAGCUACGGACAACAAACACAAUGGCAUUUGAUCGAUGGAAAUUGCGCUUAGUGGGACUAUCAUUUGUUUUACAACAGGACAAUGACCCAAAACACACCUCUAGGCUGUGUAAGGGCUAUUUGACCAAGGAGGGUGAUGGAGUGCUGCAUGAGAUUACCUGGCAUCCACAAUCACCCGACCUCAACCCAUUUCAGAUGGUUUGGGAUGAGUCGGAUGGCAGAGUGAAGGAAAAGCAGCCAACAAGUGCUCCGCAUGUGGGAACUCCUUCAAGACUGUUGGAAAAGCAUUCCAGGUGAAGCUGGUUGAGAGAACCCCAAGAGUGUGCAAAGCUAUCAUCAAGGCAAAUGGUGGCUAUUUGAAGAAUCUCAAAUAUAAAAUAUAUUUUGAUUUGUUUAACACUUUUGGUUACUACAUGAUUCCAUAUGUGUUAUUUCAUAGUUUUGAUGUCUUCACUAUUAUUCUACAAUGUAGAAAAAAAAAACCUUGAAGGAGUAGGUGUAGGUGUGUCCAAACUUUUGACUGGUACUUUGUAUGACACAGUACAUGUCACACCCACAUGACAUCACAGCUUACCAAUGGGCAAGUGUGCAGCUGAGUGGGUGAGCAUCGUUAUCUUUUGUGUUUUUCAAUGAGCACUGCAGUGUAGCUGGACUAGCUGUCACUUCCAAGGAGAAAACCACCUGCUGAAAUCUUGAACAAAGAGGCGAGGGAACACAAUGGAGUGAAACUGAAUGACCCCAGGGGUGUCGGUAUCGGACAGAGCUGCUGUCCACACGUUGCAUAAGAGGAAAUGUGAGGAGCUGGUUCCCAUGCAUGGUAGCCUAGAUCUGGUAACACCUGCCCAAAGAGAAUACAUCAAAUUGAAGGAAAGGGGAGGAGAUUAUGGGCAGAAAAACACAUUGGAACUAUGUACUACUAUAAUGUGACGAUAUGUCAUUCCACCAGCAGCGUUUGGUCUCAAAUACCUUUUUUUGUAUUAUUUUCACUCACAUUUGUUUAGCUCGAUUCCUAGUGCAAGAUGGCGUCACAUCAUGACCAGCCAGCCCUCUCACCUGAGGCCAGUCAGCCCUCUCAGACAUAGUUUACUCUGAGAAUUAGGUAUCGCUUCCCAAGUCCCCAGUAUGCAUACCCACGGUCGGCCAUUGAGGCUUUGAAGUGAACAAGAGGCCUGCUUUGUCCUACAGUGUAUGUGGCAGAACACAUCACAUCCAUCUAUCAGGGUUUUUCUUAUAAAGCAAAGGAAACAAAGAUGUGUGUGCCUGGUUUCGUGAAAAUGUGGGCCAAAUGACCUCUCCAUCUGUUACUGCACCCACAGGGAACAGAGAGCAGGACCUAGAGAGGCACAUGGCCCUAGAUACAUUACCAGGAAUGACAGGGUGUGAGUGAAGAUGUAAAUGCUGGCUGGUUGUGUGUGUGAGAGAGGGUGCAUGCGUGUGUGCUCUGACCCAGAGAUUAAUAAUUGAUAUUACAGCAUACUACAGGAUGACCCUAUGUUAGUCAGGCAGGCCCCCAUUGAUUAGACCCUAGAGCACAAUGUGUCCAUCCUAUCCUAAAUAGCACAUUGGUUAGGCAAAAAAUGUGUCACACUACACAAUAGCAUGAGCACAAACUGUACACAGCAAUUCAGACCAAUUGUGAUCAACAGGAAGAUAAAGACCACAACACCUUUUAAGUUGUCCAGUAAUGGCACCUUCUGUAACCUGCUUAGUCUGGGCUGUGAAUGUUUUCUCUUGUCUAUUUGCUCACACAUAAAUCUUGACAAACGGUAGGACUGUGUUUUCACACACUGUCUAUCCAAAUGUCUUUGCAUUCCUGGCUGGCUGUGUUUCCUAGCUAGCACACUGCUGUUCCACAGUGGUGAAGUUAUACAAUACAGAAGUAAUACAGAUGUCUUAGAAUAUUAAAAUCCUUUAACUGCUUUAAGACACAUACUGUAUGUUGCAUCUUGCAACUUGAGCCAUGAAUUUUAUAUGUAUUUCAUGAUGAAUUAACGUUACCAUGUUGGUAAAGUAGUUCCGUUUAGCGAAGUGUUUGUUUGUAUUUUCUAAAAGCUUUUCUGGUGUUCCAAAAAGGACCCAUUUGUUGCAGAGAAAAUUCACAGGCUUCUGCUUGGCCUUAAAUGCUUGGCCCUCCUACCUCUUCCAACCCCCACACUUCCACUCCCCUUCCUCUCUCCCCUGAUUGCAGGACAUCAAAUGGAGCUAUAACUGUCUGCUCUUUAAGACUUGGCAUCUGCGCUCUAUGUCUGCCGGCCUGAUAAAGCUGACAAUGGUUGGCAUGGAGAAGUUAGCCAUCAAUCUGGUGCUGUGCUGAGUUGUACUGGCUGCACGGUCUACGUACAGACGUGUGUGUGUGUGUGUCUCUGUCUGUCUGUCUGUCAGGUAGAAAUAGGCGAGCACAAAAUAUUAUGUGUAUGGAAAGGGGUUAGCCAUGUCGCUCGCUCAUCUUUUUAUUUUUAUUAAAAGUUUUAUUUUGACCAGGUAAGUCCCAUUGAGAUAUGAAUCUAUUUUUAAAUUGUGUCCUGGUCAAAAGGAAGAAGCAGCUGCUCUUUCCUUUCAAAUGGUAAUCUUGUAAUAUGUACCCUCUGCUGGGUCUUGUGAAUAGUAAAGUGGCUAGGCUUAAACCAUAAUUGCUUGUUGUGUUAUGAGAGCUGUGCUUUUGAUCAGAUGAAUCACUAGUUCGUAGUAUGGGUCUACUUAAAAAAGGCACGCAAAAUCGUGGAGAAGGAAGGGUCGUGUUGCCAAUGGCAAUCACUCUUAAUCAACGACACUGUAAGAGACAGGAACACAAUGUCAAUUUAUCACGCUAUCCAGCGAAACAUGACGGUGUUAUAGUGUUACAACACAGUUCAUCAGACUUCCAACAAGUCAUCUGUUGAACAAUACUCUAAGUGUGAAUAUGGUUAGACCAGUUGGAUCUGUUGAACACGUGUCUCUCUAUGUACUACACUUGUUUGCAAUCACGGACCAACACAUGACCAAACACAUAUAAAUUAAGGAGGACCAAGGCACUCUUCAUGCAAUUAAAAUGCCUUCAUUGUGGUGGCAUGUUCAAUUGAACAAAAUCUUUCAAACUCAGAAACGUUUUGGCAUGUCUUGUCUAGCCUUUGUCAGGGAGUGAUACCAUGAACAACACAAUUUAAAUUCUGAGGUAUUAUUAACCUUUUCACGUUUGCGUUCCAAAUAUCUCUAACGGUCGCCCCAGUGUGAGUUUUUUUAUGCGCAUGAUAUCAGGAUACACUCACUGUUCCAAAAUGUGAUUGUUACGCAACAGGACAGUUAACCCAUGCUGCCCUCAAACCAAGACACGCUGCCUGCUAAUUAUCUAUAGGAUAGGCUGUUUCAACUUGUCAAUUUCUAAUUAUUUUGGAACAAGUUUUAUUUUCUAACAGUUUGAAUUGGAGGAAACCAGAUUUUGUUGUGGCACAGAUCUGGGGAAGGGUACCAAAAAAUGUCUACAGAAUUUAAGGUCCCCAAAAACACAGUGGCCUCCAUCAUUCUUAAAUGGAAGAAGUUUGGAACCACCAAGACUCUUCCUAGAGCUGGCCGCCCGGCCAAACUGAGAAAUCGGGGGAGAAGGACCUUGGUCAAGGAGGUGACCAAGAACCCGAUGGUCACUCUGACAGAGCUCCAGAGUUCCUCUGUGGAAAUGGGAGAACCUUCCAGAAGGACAACCAUCUCUGCAGCACUCCACCAAUCAGGCCUUUAUGGUAGAGUGGCCAGACGGAAGCCACUCCUCAGUAAAAGGCACAUGACAGCCUGCUUGGAGUUUGCCAAAAGGCACCUACAAGACUCUCAGACCAUGAGAAACAAGAUUCUCUGGUCUGAUGAAACCAAGAUUGAACUCUUUGGCCUGAAUGCCAAGCGUCUGGAGGAAACCUGGCACCAUCCCUACAGUGAAGUAUGGUGGUGGCAGCAACGUGCUGUGGGGAUGUUUUUCAGCGGCAGGGACUGCGAGUAAAAAAAAAUGUUUUACUCGCACAGCCAAGUCAAAGGGUCCAACAACCCUCCCGAAAGCAAAACUUUUUUUUUAACAACCAUCCUAUUUUGGACUAUCCCUGAGUAAAUUUUGAAUUAUCCCUAAAUGGUAGCAGUCUGGAGCCAUGUGUGGGAAAGGAGAACGCACCAAACUGUACUGGAAAUUCCUGUGUUUAAUUUGCCAGAGUGUUUGUGUUCACAGUUAAUCUCUCCCACCCCCCACCCCCUCUCCUGUCCCUCUCUAUUCCCACUUCUCUCUUUCUGUCAGUCUUCCUCCAUUGCAUAGCAUGGUUGGCAUACCAGUUUCGCUCUCACUGUGACUUAUAAUAUAGCUCAAUUCUCUCCACAGCUUAGAAUGGUCACAAGACAUGUGGUACAGUAGCUGAGGAAAGCCAUCUGGUUGGACUAGAUAAACAAAUCUGGUGAUGGCUUUCCAGGCCAUUGGACAUUUAUAUUUAUUAUAGCAGGCAUUUAUUCCAGUGGAUUGACAUGAGUAAAGGGAUACCAAUCUUCUACAACUACCACUACUACGACGACUACCACUAUUACUAAUUGUAUUUAUUUAGCACAUCACAGUGUAGGUGCUUAAAUGCACCACAUACGUAAUGGACAGAUACAAUAUAUUCAUGUUAUAUACGUUAUAUAACGAGGGCAUUGCGUUCAUCCACCUCUGGCCUGCUGGCUCCCCUACCUCUGCGGAAGCACAGUUCCCGCUCAGCCCAGUCAAAACUGUUCGCUGCUCUGGCACCCCAAUGGUGGAACAAGCUCCCUCACGACGCCAGGACAGCGGAGUCACUCACCACCUUCCGGAGACACUUGAAACCCCACCUCUUUAAGGAAUACCUGGGAUAGGAUAAAGUAAUCCUUCUACCCCCCCUUACCCCAACCCAAAGAAAUAAAAAUAAAUAAACAUAUUGUAAAGUGGUUAUCCCACUGGCUAUAAGGUGAAUGCACCAAUUUGUAAGUCGCUCUGGAUAAGAGCGUCUGCUAAAUGACGUAAAUGUAAAUGUUAUAUACAUACAUAGGGAAACAGACCAUUGCGUAAGAUCCACAUUCCAGUCUACUCUUCUCAAGGGACAUGGCAUAAGGACAUUUGGAAACAGUGAUUUAACACCCCCACCCCACCCAACUCCUACUUUUUGUUACGUUGGCAUGUUACCCAGUGAUGCACAUUCUUUCCUCAUGUAGAAAACACAAUACAUUAUUCUAGGUCAGAGCCACAGACUGUUCAGUACACCGCUGCCUCUGGAACAGCCAUAAAAUGCCCUACAUGCUUACUCAGACUGCAGCCUGGAAUUCUAUAGAAACUAGGGUUGGGCGGUAUCCAGAUUGUCAUACCUUCAUACCGACCUUGUGCCAUCCCGGGAUAUUUGGUAAUACCGGCACUGAACACAAGGGGAGCUAUUUUCAAUCCAAAGGAUUUGUAAAGUUCCAUAGCGAAUAUACAGUUAUACACUCUCCUCUGACAUAAACUAUUUACAGGACAGACAUCCCAGCUCAUAAAGUUAUACAAGUAACUCAAAUGCUACUCACAGUUUGCUGCAUGCACAAAACAAAUAUUAGACCGCAAGGCUCUCGAUCCAGGAGAGCCAGCUGUUACCAAGUGGCGCUUGAUUGCAAGAAGCUAACACUUAGAAAGAUAACUAGCUACUAAGUUAGCAAACCAAAUGCACAACUGCCGAACAUUUAGCACAUUUUAGACCGUUAACUUAAUGCAGGACUGCCCAACCCUCUUCCUGGAGAGCUACCAUCCUGUGGGUUUUCAGUCCAACCCUAACUUAACACACCUGAUUCUACUUAUUAGCUGCUCAACAAGACCUUCACUAGCUGAAUCAGAUAUGCUAAAUUAGGGUUGGACUGAAAACCUACAGGACAGUAGAUCUCCAGGAAGAGGGUUGGGCAGCCCUGACUUAAUGGUUAGCUUAUAAGAGAUCUAGCUGGCAAACAUUUAGUUGUGAGUUUCAUACUGGUGUGUGCUGCACAACAGUUAGUGACUCACAAGGCUCCGGUCUCUCGUCAUUGUGUGCUUGUAAACAACAUGUGACUGGGGACUACCGGGAAGCUUCAUGAUGUAGAAUAAUGUGACAGGUGAAAUGAAGAACGCAAUCUGCUUUAUCUGUUAACAUGUUGCACAAGUUGACUGCAGGUAUUUAUUUAAAAAGUAGCUACAAAUAUUCAAAUGUAAUAAAAAAUGUCAAAUAAAUAGUUUCAACGGUAUCGACGGUAGGGGUGUAACCGUUCACCAAACCCAUGGUGUGGUACAUAUUGUGGUUUUAGGGUCACGGUUCUGUUUUGGUACAGCGGAAAAUUAAAUGCCUUUCACAAUGUUAAUUAUUCACAAUGUUCCUGGCAUUGUCUGUUGUGACAGGAUUGUUAUGUUGGGCCUCUCAAGUUUCCACUUUGAUGCUGCAUUUGUAACCAUGUGGGAGGUGGGAAUUUACCAGUUGUGAAGUCAUAAAUACCAGUUGGAUGAUUCAUGUGAUUUGAACUCAUUGACAAAGCUGAUUGGCUAAUGGCUAGUGCUGAGCGAUUAACCGGAAUUUCAGUUAUUUUUCGUUUUUAAACAACUAAUUGACCGACAUCGGUUCAAUAAUUAGAAUUCCAUUUAGUUCGUUUUUUUUCUGUGAGAUCAAUCCGUCCGUACAUUGCACAGUUUCUCUAGAGAUCCAGCCUGAACUGUGCAAUGUAGUAGGCAGUUGUAGUUUCCAACAGGCCAAUAUUCUACAUAGUUUAGCGCAUAAAACGGGGGAAUUAACUACAAUGACCAUAAUCUAUUGCUCAUCUACUAGUCCGGUCUGUGUUUAUUUUACGACUGCUACUACUGAAGAGAGAAGAGUGCGCGAUCGUGAGGUGAUAUAGAGAGCAGCUGUUGCGUCGCGAGGUAUUUCUACCUGAAAAUACAUGAUCUAAGUGAAAAAUUAUCUAAACCGAAAUUGAAAACAGUGAUUUUUUUUUUUUUUUAUCGAACCGAAACCGAACCAACCUCAAAAAUCACUACUAAUGGCCAACAAGCUGCAUGAACCAUAAACAAAAAAUACAGCUAUCAUUCUUGUAAAUAAAUUAUCGAGUUAAAUAAAUAAUGUUUUGUUGUUGCAUUUAACUGCUGAAAAUGCUGUUAUAGAGUAGGCUUUGGCGGUAUACCGUAUAUACCGUAUACCUGGGUAUUUGGAAAUAGCCACGGGAUGGUUUUUCAAUACCGUCAAUACCGUUGAAACUGUUUCUUUGAGGUUUUUCAAUACAUUUUUAUAUUUGUAGCUACUUUUUAAGUAAAUGCCUACAGUCAACUUGUGCAAUACGUUAGAAGAUAAAGCAGAUCGGGUUCCUCAUUUCACAUGUCACAUUAUUUUACAUUAUGAAGCCUACCAUAAUUCCACAGAAUAGUUGAGCCAGUCAUGUGUUUGUUUGUAAAUUGCACCGCGGGAGAAAGCCGGAGCAGGUGAGUCCAGCUGUGUAUUGACAGGAGUCGCGUUUUAUAUUGAAAGUCAACAGUGUUUUUUUGCUUCAAUAGAGUGAUCAGGGGCGUACAACUAUAGUUUUCCUUGUGCAACACAUUCAGCAGAAAAUAGCUUCAUUUUCAUCAGAUGACAACAGAAGUGCAAUGCAAUUUGGGUGGCAGCCACACAAGUAAAUGAGCUUACAUUUAAAAAAGCAAGGUCUUUUUUGCAAAAAAACGAUGCAUGGCCAUUGUAAAGAAUAUAGCCAGCAACAAAAUGUAUAAUGUUUUGCUUAAAGUUAAUCUUGCAUUUUACCUGAGAAAAGUAGGCUGGCUAAAUUGAGAAAAGUACCGUAGAAAAAUCAGUCAGAGCACUGUCUGUUGAUAGAAUGCCCAUUUGCGAAUUCUCAUUAGAGUGGAGAAGUGCGACUGAAGCAAAAAAGUGGUCUGAUGCCGGGCAGAAAUUACAAUAAGCAUUUUAGAUCUGCGUUUACAAAACGCAGCAAGAUAUUAAGCAUUUUAUAUUUUUUCCCUGCGUGAAAACACAGAAUUCUGCAUUAACCUUAAGUUUAACUUUCUAGUUAUCUAAGUAAGUGGCUGAAUUAAUAAGGUGACAGGGGAUCACAUUGUGUUAGCUUUCUGCCGUGUUUGAGAAGUCAAAGCUCUUUGGAUGAGUUAUCUGUACAGCUGCCACUGCUGUCUUGUUUUUCUUGCAUUUUUUCCUCUCCAUUCUCGGCCCGUCUGCUCGUCCCCCCUCUUCUCUGAGCAGAGCAGGCAGGCCCGUUACCCUAACGAACCCAGACUCCACACAGACACAGCGUGUACACAUGCUGCUCCAGAGCCAGUACUGUAUUUGUAUUUGUAUUUAUUAUGGAUCCCCAUUCAGCAGCUACUCUUCCUGGGGUCCAGCAAAAUUAAGGCAGUUAUAACAUUACAAUACAUUCAUAACAGAUUUCACAACACACCAAGUGUGUGCCCUAAGGCCCCUACUCCACUACCACAUAUCUACAACACAAAAUCCAUGUCAUUAAAACCCACAUGGACUACGAUAGAAUCGAUGUCCAUGUCCUGGCAUAGUACAUUGUUGUUCUUCCUUCAGACAAGCAUGCGUCAAAACGUUGUCUCUCGUUCAUAUUCGCUUGUGAAUGUCCAAACUCACCAAAAAUUACAUUCAGUAGCUGCUACCUAUAUAUGUAUAACUGUAUGAGCUAGAUUGCCUGUCUUUUCAAUUGGUUUAUUUUUGUUUGCGCUCGUUCGCAUAUUUAGCUAGCAGCCUCCAUGGAAAUUCACUAUUACUUGUGCUAAUUUUGUUAGCAUUCUGGUAAUAGACGCCCAAUGGGCUUUUUUUUGUGUUUUUGGCGCACCGUUGUGUACUAAACCGGGUAAUACCAUAAAUCCCGAGAUGAGAGAAGGACAGUAUGAAAAUCUGGAUACCGCCCAACCCAAUUAUAGAGGCCAUUUCCUUAGUAGGUGACAUCAGAGGUCACUAUAUGGGAAAAGUGUGUCUCCUGAGUGGCGCAGUGGUCUAAGGCGCCGCAUCGCAGUGCUAACUGUGCCACUAGAGAUCCUGGUUCGAAUCCAGGCUCUGUCGCAGCCGGCCGUGACCGGGAGACUCAUGGGCGGCGCACAAUUCGUCCAGGGUAGGGGAGGGAAUGGCCGGCAGGGAUGUAGCUCAGUUGAUAGAGCAUAGCGUUUGCAACGCCAGGGUUGUGAGUUCGAUUCCCACAGGGGGCCAGUAUAAAAAAAUAAAAAAAGAUGUAUUCACUAACUGUAAGUCGCUCUGGAUAAGAGCGUCUGCUAAAUGACUAAAAUGUAAAAUGUAAGUGGGUGCUCAGGGUGAUAGACGAGUUUCGCACUAGUAAUAACCAGUUGGAGGGCCGUUUAAGUGGAUUUUUCCCAGUCGUAUGUAGUAAAUUCCCACUUCCCACUUGGUUACGAACACACCAUGACACUGCCUCCUUCAAAAUGUUUAUCUGACUCAAUAAAGGUAAUUAACAUAUACAAGCAAGCAUUAGGCAAUGAGUUGACGUUGACUAGCAAUAAUCGGUCUAGAGUUUAGAGUUCACCCUGUACAGAUACAAGUUACCACAGAGAUCAUACAUCCAUAUAGACAUCCAUAUAGAUAGCAUCAGAGUUAUCCUCAGUGAACAAGUUUCAUAUAGAUACCAGACAUAGAUACUAUAGUAUUGUUCUAUCAAACAUUCAAUAGUCAGUACUCUGGAUACUGUACCAGAGAGAUACAUUUUGGCCCCUCAGAGGGGGAAGGGCUGACUAGUCCUUGGGAAUUAUCCUUUGUGCUUCACUUGUGUUCCUGGACCAUUUCCCAUGCAGCUCCAGGUGACAGAGAGUACAUAAAUUAGGGCCUAGGCUACAUGUGUAAAGUAGUAUUAUCAGGAUAAUGUGAAAGUAAGAAUGUGAACACCUGAAAGCUUGAUGAAGGAAGCAACAUUGUAUUGCUACAUCUGUUUUGAAUUCAGUGAGUUGUGUUAACUACUGUUUCUUACAGUAACAUGAUUUGUGUACUGUCACAGUAGCAGUUACGUCUGUGGCGUCAUAUGCUCUAUUUGCAUCUAAAGCAGAUUCUGUUAAAAGUUGGAGGGUGCUUUAUCUUGCCAAUAUCUCAAAAAUGCCUAAAAAAGGCCAACAAUGUCUACUGUAAUAUUCCAAGUCAGCCAAGGACAGGUUUUACGAGACUAUGAGGAAGCUGAAGUCUCACAAGGCUGUCAUGCUUUCCAAAAUGUCUCAAAAGCAUAUGAAUAAGUCGUACAAGUAUUCACAAUUCCUGAUCACAGCCCUCAAAUUCAAACACAAUUCAAAUGUUGAACCUGAAUAUGAUUUUCAAGGUGUCAUUGUUUUAUACAGGUCAUGCUAGGUCCACAGGCAUGCACUGGUAGUAGUAGCAUUUCCCUUGUAUCGGUAGCUAGCUAGCCCACAGGUCAUAGCGUAUUCAUUGUAUCGGUAGCUAGCUAACUGCUAACUGCUCUCUCCACAGGUCAUAGUAUUUCCAUUGUAUCGGUAGCUAGCUAACCGCUAACUGCUCUCUCCACAGGUCAUAGCAUUUCCAUUGUAUCGGUAGCUAGCUAAACCGCAAACUUCUCCCUCCACAGGUAGUAACACUCAUGUAUCGGUAGCUAGCUAACCGCCAACUGCUCUCUCUCUUUCCUCAGGUGCGUUCGCCAAGGUCAAAGAGAGUCAGCGGAUGAGCGACGAAGGGAAGAUGGACCAGGACGAGGCAGACGGAGUGCGUAAACGCUGCCGGACAGUGGGAUUCGCCCUACAGGCUGAGAUGAACCACUUCCACCAGCGCCGCGAGGUGGACUUCAAGGAGAUGAUGCAGGCCUACCUCAAACAGCAGAUCGCCUUCUACCAGCGCGUGGGGCAACAGCUGGAGCGUACCCUGCACAUGUACGACAACCUGUAG